AUGGAUCCGCGCAUUCCCGGAGGCUUCAAUGCGCGCGAGGCGCAGAUAGUGGUCGACACUCUUCGCAAAGAGGUGUUCAUGGAAUUUGCAUGUAGUGAAGGAUAUGAGCCGUAUCUCGGCAAUUGAGACGCACUACCACAUAGGGGGCGUGUGCCCCGAGCCGCCGCCACCGCCGUUUCACCGAGGGCCCAUGCUGCCUGUGGACCCGGCCGAGCUGUGCAUCCUGUACAAGGGCACAUGCGGAGACCUGGAAGCCGGAGGCCGCUGCGCCUACCUGCGCAAGCGGUGGGCGUCGCCGGUGGCGUCCCGCUGGCCCCGCCCGCCCUCGGUCAACGCAUCGUACGCGUGGCCCUGGCACCUCAGCCCGUCCGUAAACGACAAGCACUUCCGGAAGGCGUUGGAGACGCGCCGGAUCUUCUUCCGCCUCUCCGACGACCAUCCAAACAUCGGGCCU